GGGAUAGAAUUCAAAUGAGCAGCGCAUCUGCUUAAUGCCCUUUUGAGAGGCUUGUGCGAAAUGAUUUGAGAGCCGAUGAGUCGCUAAUACGAUAACGGGGGAAAUCGGUCAACAAGGAAUAUUCACUCGCGAGCUAUGUCACUCGAAAGACAUAGCAAAAGAACGACAUAAUAACAAAGUGCUUCGCUAAAUUGGAUAGCUUGUCUGUCAAUUCUCUUACGUACAGGAGCUGAGAACAGUACCAUUCAAGAAGAAGGCAACCGUGAGGUGCAAAAUGGCGUCUGCAUUCAACCAGGAUUACUUCGGAAAACCUUACCCCAAGAAGCUUUUCCCUGAAAAUAUUGAAUUGAAUGUUGGAGGGAAGUACUUCUCGACCUCUGUUUUUACACUUACAAGGAUAAAGGAUUCACUACUUGGGCGAAUUUUCAGCGGAAGGCAGAGCGAAUUGGAUAAAGACAACAGCGGCAAAUACUUCAUUGAUCGAGACGGCUUUUUGUUUAGGUACAUCCUCGAUUACCUUCGUAGCAAGGCGUUACACAUUCCUGAGAAAUUCGACGAAAUAGAACGGCUUAAAAUGGAAGCUGAUUUCUACGAAUUGGAAGAUCUGAGACAAAGAUUGGAUCGCUUGACAAGCGGGGAAAUCAGCCCUAAGAUCUCCGAAGGAGGAAAGCAUGGUUACAUUUCCUUGCACAUUCGCAGCACGUUUGCGUUUGGUCGUUCAGGACAAGCAGACGUUAAUUUUCGCAAGUUACAGCGUAUUUGCGUAUGCGGUAGGGUGUCUUUGCUGAAAGAAGCAUUCGGAGAUUCGCUUAACAUGACACGAGAUCCAAAUCAAAACGCCAUGCAUUACACGAGCAGAUUUUACUUAAAGUACAACCAACUGGAACGAGCAUUUAUGCAGCUACGAAGCUCUGGGUUUGAAAUUGUCUCUUCAGAAGGCGGUAAAACAGGAGAUGUUGCUUCUCCAAAGAGCGACGAGGAAAAAUGGGAACAUUUCACGAUCUACUACUUUGUGAGAAAACCAGUAAUUCAAAACAAAACAGAGAUAUAAAAAAGCAGUUUAGAUUUAAAAUAUAGACUCUUCAAAGUUGCAACAGGAACGUACUCGUUUAAAAUUGGAUUAGCUUAUGAAUGCAAAUUACUUUAUUCUGUGAUUCGUCAAAUAGUAAAUCACAAUUUUCUCCUUAACUACUUAUGAAAGAGAGGUAAAAGAACAUGUUUGACACCUUCUUGCAGUAAUGGGAAACGGUGAAAUCAUAUAAAAUUCUCCUUUUAUCAUUUCCACUUUUUUAUUCUCGACAUGUUUCAUUUAGCGAAGGAAAAGAAAGUGAUUUUAAUCCUUCGCAACUGAAAUAACACAAAAAAUAAAUACAUGUAUAACAUUUAAUUUCUGAAGAUAAUUUAGGUGAGUGUUCGGGAGAAAAACUAAUUUUCGUAGCUCAAACUUGUUGGCCUUUUUAUAGUAUUAGACAAUAAAAAAAUAAAAUAUGUACUGUAA